CAACCGGAAACAAGAUGUCGACCGGAAGCUGUCAGAGCCCCAAAAUGGCGGCGCUCAUUGAUGUCAACGGAUUGAAAGAAAAAAAUAUGACCACCAGAAAUCUCUACCGUCAUCCACCCCAACAUCUACUUGGAGAGUAAAUAGAUAGACAGGGUUGGCUAAAGAUUGACCAUUAUCCCAGGGGAGUUAUGCGAACAGAGCAGGCUGGGAUAACCAUCAUGGCGCUUCAGACAUUAUUACUCGUGACUAGUGUUUUGCUAAAUGUCUGCCCUAGUUUUGCGGUUAACAAACUCUUGGUGGUGUUAGUGGAUGGUUUGCGAGAGGACUACCCAGCUAGAGAUCUCCAUCUUCUGCAGUUCCAAGCUAUCGCGAGAGAGGGCGUGAAAGCACAGUAUGUCACACCAGUGUUCCCUGCCAAGUCAUAUCCCAACUACUAUUCAAUUAUGACAGGCCUUUACUCGGAAAGUCACGGCAUGACAGGGAACUACAUGCACGACGCCGAGAGGAACGUGUCUUUCCUGGUCGGGUUCAACCAGGAGUCGUUUGAGCCGUUCUGGUGGGAGAACGCCGAGCCUCUGUGGAUAACGGCUACUAAGGCGGGGAAGGCGGUGAACAUGUACUACUGGCCAGGUUGCCAGGUGCCCAUACGUAACUACGUCCCGAACAAGUGCAUCGAACUGACAGACCUGCCCUCUUUCGAGAACAUGUUGAACAGCAUCGACGAGAUUGUACAACUCUUUGGUGAUGACGUCAUCGAUAUGGCGGGCCUGUACUACCAGAAGGUCGACAUUUGGGGGCACAGGUACGGACCAGAAUCAGAGUUAGUACGGGACAAAGUACUAGAGGUGGACACCAUGCUCGGAUACUUGAGGCAGAAACUAACGGACACAGGACUUGACCAAUCAGUGAACGUGAUCAUACUGUCGGAUCACGGCAUGGCCUCCUUACCUGACUACAGUGCCACUAGCGGAUACAUCAGUCUAAAAGACUACGUAGAUGUCAACGACCUCAAGAAACCAACGCUGUACUCCGACAUGCUUGUCCACAUCUGGCCAAAGGACGGACUGCUAGAAAAGGUUCACUCCGAUCUGUUAAACGUGCCCCACUCCAUUGUCCUGAAGAAAGAGGAAAUCCCGGAAGACUGGCACUACAAGCGUGGGAAAUACGUCCCGCCACUGCUGCUUGUGAUGCAAUACCCUUGGCUUGUGUUCGAGGACGCUGCCAUACCCUGGACCUGGGAUAACGCCACUCAAUUUCCACGGGGCAGUCACGGCUUCAGCAACUCCAGAAUGGACAUGAAGGGCGUCUUUAUGGCGUUUGGGCCAGAUUUCCGAAAAGGCUACGAAGCGGGGGCGAUAGACAUUGUGGACGAAUAUCAGUUGAUGUGCCGUUUACUGGACAUCAUCCCCCUCCCCAACAACGGGACGUGGUCCCGGGUGGAAGGCAUGUUGUUGGACGGCGCCAUUUCCGGCACUGUGUCCCAACAUGCUUGCGUUGUCUCGACUUUCGUUAUCGUCCAGUUUAUGUCGAUCUAUUUCAGUGUUUAUUGUUUGCUCUAUUAGUUACUAAAUAUAUUGCAGUAAACAAUUUUAUUUAGGCCCUCAAACAAAGAGUUUCACAUCAAUUUUUAGAAAAUCGACAUAUUUUGGACGAAUGUCAACACUCUCUUGCACGCAUAACUAUUUCAAACUUCUACUUUUUUUAACCACUCUGCGCUACGAGAUUCUUAUGUUUUGAUACAACUGUGUGUCCUUGUGAUGAAUUGAUUCAAACAUUUUCGUCUAUGUUUUUUUUAGCAUUAAUAGCACAAAUGUCAUCAAUAAAAAUCAAGUUUAUGUGUUAUGUUGUGCUAUAUAACUCAAUAUUACACAUUUGAAUUUUGUCUAUACUUAGUAUCUGUAAGUUCAAUUUUACUGUAAUGCGUUUGUAUCCACUGUGUGUUUAUAGUUGCGGAAGACUUUAUAAGUCAUGUACGUGGAUAUUAAGUUCUAAUGUGAUCAAGUAUAAGAACUAUACAUGAAGUAAGACUACGAUGUCAAAAUGAAUUUUCGCUGAUGCUAGUGAUUGUACAUGUAGCUAUUGAAAUACAUCUCCGAGAGUCAAAAGCAAACCGGUACUGAAGAGAGUGCUGUGACGUCAGUAAAUCCAGGCAAGCUCAAGUUACAUAAAUCAACAGUGGGUAGUGAAUUCCUAUCCAAAAUCGGGCAAAAAUUAAUGAGCGUGCUAAUGUCAUCCAUAGAAUUUACUUGCUGUGGCCUAAGGUCAUUUACUAGUAAGUAAGGUCAGCUCUUUAAAGCUAUAGAAGGCAGGGCUACUAGAGGUCUGCGAAGGAGUACUUAUAUCCUUAUAGCCUGGUUACCAAACCCCAGCCCGAUCUCAAAGUAUAUAUCGUGCAGGAUAGAUUUUUUUGGGGAUCGGGCUGGGGUAUGGUAUCCAGGCUAUAGCUAGAGUACUUCGAGUGUUGUCUUCCUUUCCCGAGUGGUUGAGCUGGAAACAUAUGAGUGCCACAACCUUUCGUCGAUCCUCUUGAUCUUUAAUAUCAGACAAGAACUCUGAGAACUCCCCACCGUUUGAUGCAUAUUUGUCUGUUAUCAUUGACCAACAGACAAAUGCGUUUUGUAGUAGAAUGUAUGCACGCGCGCUAGUAUCCUAAUCUGUACAAGCAGAGGUUAGUGGGGAAAAUCGUGACCUAUUCCUUUAUAUAUGCUGUCUUUUUUGUCAUCUAUCCCAGCAAUCUCCAUUUGCAUACUGGGGCAAAAGGAGAUUGCUACUCUACCUUAUAUAUAUUG